AUGACACGGGUUGAAAUGUUAAACUCUAAAUAUUUCGAAAUUCAUUGCCUAAAUGCGAGAAAGAUUGAAUUAGAUGAAGCAAAAAGUAAAUUAUUCGCGGAACUCAAAGAAGUGGUUGCGAAAUCGAAAGAUCGAACUCAAAAUCAAACUGCUUUUUAUAGUCAUUUAAUGCAGUCGCAAACUCGGAAUAAGGAUAGAGAGACAGAUUUAGGACCAGUUUCGAUAAGGCAAUUUCCUGCCGAUGGUUUGCAGAAUUCUGGUGCUGCAGGCACGAGCGCAUAUUCCGAUUUGCAGAUGAACCGAGUGCUUCAGUAA